AUGAUACUUCUCAGCCAGAUACUAAAUGUGUCUGAGUUAAGCAAAGACUUGGGCCCAAACCCUAAAAUUACGAAAACAGGCGUCACUCACGACACUCUUAUGGACAAAAUAAGAGCGGAGCUUGCGGGUUUAAAGGUCAUUAUUGAUACGGAAUUUCUCAUUUUCUACGACUCCUCAGCACAAGAUCAAAUGCCGCGUUACAAGGGUGUAAAUCGCUACUAUUUUGUCAAGAGUCUUUUAAAAUCCAUGGCAAAAAAAUAUGAAUGUGUGGCAGGGUUUUUGGCGACUGCCACUAACGAAACACCAGAGAAGGUUAAAGAGAAAAUCAUCGAGUGUAAAUUCGCUGUAGCCGACAAUAUACGUGUAGAUGCGAACAUAAAUUUGAAUUGGCUAAGGAUGUUGUCCAAGGCGUUCUAUGACAAAGAUGGCGCUAUUUUCAGAGUGUUGAAGCUUUUCGAUGAGUAUGAGGCUGCAGCGUCGAACCAACCACUGACAGAUGACUCACAUCCUCUCAGUAAAUUCAUCGUAGAAGAUCAAUACGAUAACCGUGGCGAUCCGUUAAGCAAUAUGGACAAAAAUAACGCCGAUAUGGAAAUAAAGAUACCCGAUACUGUAAGUGUAGUGUCCCCCUCGAUGGAAGAAAAUGUCUGUGACACCGUUAGCAGGGAAGAUAACGGUGCAGUAUCGAUGCAAACUAAUCAGGAGAUGGAUCACCACAGUCCAAUGCCGAAUAGCCGCGAGGCUAGCGGGUCGCCUGCUUUGCCGGUACAAGAGGUUGGACACACAGAGGUUCCACCUGCUCCUACUCCAUCUCAGCCUUCAUCUACCUCUUUGAGGACCGGAGGGGCUGAAGGGUCGUCGCAGAAAGCUUCUUCUGCCUACGAUUCGUUUGUAACGCUGCUUCUUGCUGUCAGCGCGGUAUUUGCGCUCUGA